UCAUGCCUUGAAUUCUCUCAGUUAAGUGUAAAGGAUUCCUUCAGAGAUUUGUUUCUUCCAAGAAUGGAUAUAAUUCUUAUGAUGUAUACAAGGAGCAACCUAAACUGUGCUGAGCCAUUGUUUCAGCAGAAUAACUCACUUAAUGUUAAUUUCAACAUAAAAAAUAAAACAGUCUGGCUUAUUCAUGGAUAUAGACCAACGGGCUCCACUCCAUCAUGGCUUCAGAAAUUUGUAAGGAUUUUGUUGAAUGAAGAAGACAUGAAUAUAAUUGUAGUAGAUUGGAACCGGGGUGCUACAACUUUUCUUUACAACAGAGCAGUUAGAAACACCAGAAAAGUUGCUAUAACUUUGACUGAGCAUAUUCAAAAUCUUUUGAAGCAUGGAGCAUCUCUUGACACUUUUCAUUUCAUAGGUGUGAGCUUAGGAGCUCACAUUAGUGGAUUUGUUGGAAAGAUGUUUCAAGGUCAACUUGGAAGAAUAACAGGUCUUGAUCCUGCUGGGCCAAGAUUCUCUGGAAAACCACAAUAUGACAGAUUAGAUUACACUGACGCAACGUUUGUGGAUGUCAUCCAUUCUGAUACCAAUGGUUUAGGCAUUAAGGAGCCCUUGGGACAUAUAGAUUUUUAUCCAAAUGGUGGAAAAAAACAACCUGGCUGUCCAAAAUCAAUUUUUUCAGAUUACAAGACUGGUUCAUGUGUGGACUGUGAUGGCUUUAAGAAUAAAUCAUGUCCUAGACUAGGUUAUCAAGUGGAGCUAUGGAAAGAUGUUUUAAAAGAAAGAAUGGAAGAAAGAUCGCUUAGAACUACUGUGUUUUUGGAUACUGAUGGCAAAAAUCCAUUCUGUACUUAUUAUUUUGUUCUCAGUAUAAUUGUUCUGGAAGAAACUAUGAUAGAUGGCUUUAUUACAUUUAAAUUAAUAAACCAGCUUGGGAUGAUGGCAGAACCAAGGCUCUAUGAAGAGAGCAAAUCAUUUCAUAAACUUCAAGAAGUCAAGAUUCUUGCUCAAUUUUUCAAUGAUGUUGUAAAUAUUACAAGCAUUGGUUUGACAUAUUUCCAGAGCUCAGAUCUGCAAUGUCCCACGUGCAAGUACAGGAUCCAGAGUCUAAAGUUAAAGUCACUUACAUAUCCGGAAAGACCACCACUCUGCAAGUAUAAUUUUGUACUUAAAGAAUGUGAAGAAGUAUUUCUCAGUCCAAGAACAUUGGCCGCGGGAGUGUUAAAUGCCAGCGGGAUACAGCUGGUCGCUUCCUCCAGCCCAUUUCUCUGGUGGCAGGCACAAGGCAUCUCUGCAGCCCGGCUCCUGGGACUCCGAUGCUUUCUUCGGGUGAGGGGUUUGUUCUCACGGCCUGAAGAGGAGCCAGGAGCUUCCUCAUUAGCACCACGGACAGCUCGCGCUCCUGGAGGUGGGAGGCGGGAGGACAGCUCUCUGAGCCACCGCCAGGAAGAGGGAGUGCAGUAG